UAAUUAAAGUUUUUAUGUUUCAACGAAAAGUCGAGGCUCAAACCCGAGCAAACCUGCGUAGUUCGUCACAGGCGAGACAAACCUGCGACACGAGCGCGCGCACACAGAAGCUGAUCAAAACCUUGCGAGAUUCCUACCUAGACAUUUUGCCCUUUACAUGGGCGCUCUGAGUUAGAAGACACCUAAAAUUCCUCCCUAGGUAGGUUGCACACUAGGUUUAGAAACCUCCACGCGAAAUACCGUUUCUCGCCUCGCACUUCAGUCAUAACCUAUCGUAAUCUUCGCCUGCAUAAUAGAGGAUAAGCGCCAGACUCCAUGGCCGAUUGUUUUUGUGCCUUUAUUUCUCCGACAGCAAUCUAAACGAGUUUAUAUUAAAUCCUCUUUCCUCACAAGAAUGUAGUUGGGAGGGCGGAGACUCGCAUCCCCAUCCGAAAACUGAAAUAUUGACAAUGCCAUGAGAAAAGUCGCGAUCAUUCGGGUUCGUUCGGCUCUGAUCAUAACAGGAUCCGAAUACAGAGUCGGGUUUGAGAUCAUGGAGAUGUGGAUAUAGCCGGGAUCUUUAGGUCAUACUCACCGCAGGAGUUCAUUGCGGUGUUGACGGUGGUCGUUUUGUGACGAGGCUUGUUCUUUGUUAAAACAUUGUGACUUGUGAAAUCUGCCCGGUUGUAUUCAGAAGUUAGACAACCAGCGGACCCUUGUAAAUUGUUCUCCGAUCUCGUAUCUGAGUGGGACGUGGCUAUAAGAAUUGGAGUUCAGCAUGAGGAAUAACGAGGACGCUGAGGGGUUUGAUGGCGAGGCCUCCAACACUUCCAUGAUUUCAGGAGCCAAUAGCCCGUAUCAGCCGACCACCGAGCCCGUGCACUCCAGAAACGUGUUCAGGGGCAUCAGGUGUGACCUGGAGUAUCUCAAAUCUCAUUUCGGUAUUUUGAAAGUAAUCGAAGUGGUCUUGGCUCUUAUCUCCUUCAUCUGCAUCGAGACCAUUAUGAUGUGCUCGCCCUGUGCCGGCGUAUACCUCUUCGAGUUUGUUAGCUGCAGUGCCUUCGUUGUCACGGGCGUCUUGCUCCUCAUAUUCAGCCUAAAUCUGCAUAUCAAAGUGCCACAUGUCAACUGGAGUCUGACGGAUCUGAUCAACACUGCCACCAGUACCUUGUUCUUCUUUCUGGCUUCAGUGGUUUUGGCAGCUCUCAACCAUAAAACUGGAGCAGAGAUUGCAGCUGUGAUCUUUGGUUUUCUGGUGAUGGGAGUUUAUGGUCUGAAUACAUAUUUGGCCGUGCGGAGGUGGCGUCUCGGGGACUCACGUGAUGGACCCCUGCAGACCAGCGAGUACAUACGUGCCCGCACCGCCUCACGGGGAGAGGUGGAGUCACGGCCGGAGCUACAGUAAAAGCCACUGGCGGACCAAUAGAGACUACACGGUUCACAUUCCUGAUGCGGUAGUUUCCUUCACUUAUGGUGGGAAGCUGAUGGCUGGGAUAUUAUGACAUACAGUAGAAACAAAUGGACGAACUUUGCCUAGAGUGGAACACAUCUCUAGUGUCGUCAUUCUCAUGAUCAACCCCAGGCCAUCAUCAGUUGACUGUGUAUGUAAAUACAGUUUUUCCAUUAAUUAAGGGCUUUGCCUUGAGGGAUGAUCUGGAUUGUUAUUGACAUAAAUUCACUCCAAAGUGCUCCCGACAGGAAAGCUCAAAACUCUUAUGUUAUGUCUAAACUAGGGGUUGAGCGACUAUUAUGUGAUAAAAGUCACGUCGACUAGUCGAUGACGUCAUUAAUAGCUAGGAAAUGUUUUGCAACAAGAUUUGAUGGGUGUGGGCAGUAAGACACUAGUGUGUGCGGGCUGCGGAAGAAUGGCGGGACUCCCUCAAAAUAGCCUCUAUAGUAUCUAAAAUCCAAAUAAACUGUUGUUCAUCUAUUGCACAAGAACAACAACUAAAUAAAACUAUUUUAAAGCGCGAGGUCGGUGGUACCGUGGCUAGGGGCCGAUCACAUAGAAAGCGUUUAUUGCUGUUAAACUGAGCUGACACUACGGGACUGUGAGACAACUUGAAUUGCUAUGGCGCUUACACUACACAACAAAGUUCCUUCUCAUUUGUCGUCUUGUCAUAGCUGCGCGCAUACUACACAACACACCGCUGACGAGGUUCACACACCACAAAACAUUGGGUGAAGAGGCGGUCCCGACCAUCAGCGAAAAUACGUUUAAUUUCAUCUUCUUUCUUCCGUUUAUAUCAUCUGCACUGUGAUUGGCUGGAUUAGUUCCACGUGGUCGUUUAAUCGCGCACACAACGAGAUCACUAGGCGAUAAUAGCAAACAGGUUUGAAAAUAUCGUAGCGUCUGGGAUAGCUCGAGACAGGUCCAGAUCACGUUGCACACCUGCUUAUACUUAACGAGCUUCUGCGACCGAAACGAGCAAUGAUUUGGUCGCGAUCUGAAUGUUUUGUCGCAGACCUUGGAAAUCUGUCGCGACAGCAAAAUCCAGCCAAAAGUCACGUAGUGUGAGCUUGCCAUUAAAGGUACACUAGUGUCAAAAAAAUCACAUGACCCGCGACCAGUCGACAUCAAGCUUUAAAUGUCACGCCAGAGCAUUAAUGUCCACUAGUUCGUGCAACCCCUAGUCUAAACCAGAACCAGCUGGUUUUAAUAACGGCCGCAAUAUGCCUGACAAAGGCUGUCAGACACAGUACGAAAACACUCCUUUUUAGCUCGAUUCCCAACACAGCUGUGUGUAUGAUGUGUCAUAUGAAAGAUCAAAAAACUUUCUUUUCCGACUCAUGAUUAUUGGUUAUUUCUGAUUGAAGUGGAAUAAGAAUGGGUGGGCUUUUCUUACUUAAUGAAGUGUUUUAUGGUAUACAGUAUAAAUUGUGUUAUUUUCCGUUAUCAAACACAUCAGAAAACAAUGGAUUUGCAUUAUACUGUUUUCUCUGUACAGAGCAGGUCACUAGAAGCCAGUAAUUAUUUUACUGCUAUUUUUGUACCAAACAUAGCCUAUUUCACCUCAGUAUUGUGACCCUGCAUUAACAACUUUCAGAUGACAGCACAACAGUAGUGUGUGCUUUGGUGAAUGCAAGUGAUGGGGGAUCUGGGUGUGUAUUUUAUGACUCGUUAAAACCUUUUAAAAAUGUUUAGAUACUAAUCUUUAGGUAUUGCAACUUUUUGAUAUUUUGCAGAAACUAAAAUGUGUGUGAUUGUUUUUGUGGCUGUUUGUAAGGAUUUCUUUACUGCGUUCUGUAUAUAUUGGUUUAACUGGAUAGAGUUUUUGAAGGUGUAUAUAUUCAUAAUCAGAGUGUGUGAUAUGACAUUAAUGAAGGUUUCCAUGUUUUUAUGAAUUCUUAUUACUCAUAAAAUUAAUUAAUAGACUUUAUAGACUAUUAAUAGACUGGUUUAAGGAACGAGUGUACUGUGUAUGCGGUAUACGAUAGCAUCAGCUAAACUGUGUAUUUUCUCAUUGUGCCUUAAUCAAAGGCUUGACUUGUCAAAACUCUCAAACUUCUAGGGCCUCGUAUAUAAAACAUUGCAUAGAUUUCGUCCUUAUAUGUGAAUUUUGUGCAUACAUGUUUAUACAUUAGGCCCCUGAACAAAAUUUACCGAAUUAAUGUUUUCAAAGAACAUUUUUACCUAGGCCAAAUGAAGUACACUAUUUCUGAUGUAUAACAAAAAGAAGGUUCCUCGUGUUAUUUGUUUAUAUUCAUACUCUUGUGUCUUACUUUCUGAAGUUUUACAUUUGAGGCACUUUGACCAACGUUGAGAUGACAUUGCAUCCCAACAUCAUUACAUCAUUUUGAUUUUAUGUUGACAUUAAUAGCAGGUUUGAAAUACAAUCAAAGAAUGAUUAAUGUUUUAAUGAAGGACCCAUCAAAGUACUGAAGUCUGUUUAUUUUUCCCGUAUUGAAAGCAAUACUACUGUAUGUGCUUAUGCUUUGUAAUAAUGUGUAAAAGCUUUUACUGUGCUUUGAUAAUAUAUGCUAAACUUCUCUUUUGAGGAUUUUAGUAUCAGAAUAAUUCCUGAUUUUGAUCAUGUUGUUUGGUCUGUGCAUUUUCAUCUUACAAAUCAUGACUCAUUUUUACAUACUGACAAUUUGAAGGAUUUUGAUAAAGAUUGUAUCGGCUUUCUGAUUGAAACUUAUGAUUAUUUUGAUAUUUGCAGAUUUUUCCUUUAAUAAUAAGCAAUGUUUUACUCCAUGUGUGUGAUAUAAAUUUGUAUUUUUGUAUUUAUAGAGUUGUGCAUAUAGGUACUAAAUGCUAAUUGAUUGAUAUUUGUCAAAAUAUUUGUGAUGGCAAUCAUUUCCUCCAAUAAAUGGAUUUGGAUUGAUCAAUGAAUGUUAAUCAAUGAAUUAAAAAUCU